AUGGAGAAGAAGAUGAUGACUUCCUCAUUGUUUGUAUUGGGGUUGGUGGUUUUGGCUAUGGCUACAAGCCCUGUGGCUAAUGGCAUCACGUGCCAAGAUGCCAUAUCGAAGCUGUUGCCAUGCCAAGGUUACUUGGUGGGUUUUUUUUCUAUUUCGGUUCCAUGUUGCCAGAGUGCUCAGUCUCUGAAUCAGUUGGUUACUAACAAAGAUGAUCGGAAAGCAGUGUGUGAGUGCUUCAAAAAAGUUGCACCAGCUAUUGGGGUUAACCCUGACAAAGCUAAGCAGCUUCCUCAGCUUUGCAACAUCACUCUCUCUGUACCCAUUGACUACAACACAGAUUGCACAAAGGCUUGA